AUGGCAUGCGCAUACGACGACGCAGUUGGGCAGAGUAUCUGCCGAGGAGACACUGUCACGCUCCCGAACCCAGCGGCGGAGGCCGCCGACGGCAACCACUGCGGGGUGGUGCUCGGGCAGGGCGGACCAGGGCCUAGCAAGAUCCGCGUGCGGCGCCUCGACGGCAGCAAGAUAACUGUGAAUGCCAGCGACGUACAUGUUGUCGACCGGAGCUUCAUGGAGCCCGGCAUGGUCGUGGCGUCGUCGGCAGACAUUGGCGGCCAGCUGGGGAUCGUGAUGUGCACCGCCACGGAGCUCGACCUGGCACGCUUGCCAUCACCGGCAGAUGGCAACGGAAACGACGACGAGAACGCGACGGCGCCGGUUGUCGUCGCUAGGGCCGUGUCCCCGGCAGAGGUGCGACGCGUCGGCGGCGAGUUCUGUGUGGGUGACUACGUCGUGUCAACGACCGCCGCCGGGGAAGAUGAGGAGGCCGGCGUGUGGCUGGGCUGCGUCGUGGAGGUGUGCCUCGACGUGGACGUGGUGUUCGACGACGGCGCCAAGUGCAGGGUCACGAACAAAGAUUUGUACCCGGGACAGCGCGUCGGUGGCCCGCCGGGCGUCCUCAGGGCGUCCCGGUGGCUCAAGGGCUACUGGAAACCCAACCAUGGCGGCGAGGGCACCGUGUCCAGGGUGGAGACCACCGGCGUGCUCGUCUACUGGCUCGCAUCGUCGUCGGAGCUGGACACCGCCACACCACCGAACCUGCAGAGUCCUUGCGACCUCACCUUGUUUCGCGGCAACGUCUCGCGAGAGUACAGAUACUGGGGCGUGGGUGACCGGUGCUUCUUUCGCGGCGGCGCGACGGCUGCUAAUUUCCCCGGCGUUUCAGACGAUCACGAUCCGGAGCUAUCGUCUGGAGCCGCAGCCUGUGGAGUGACGACGACGACGACAAGAAGGGCUGCGUACCGGGAGUGGCGGCAGCGGCUAUGGAGGCAGCGGUCAUUAGACGACGACAUGGGGCGGCGGCGGCGGCCGUUGGUGGUGGCCAGCACUCGCACGACGGUGGACGUGGAGUGGCAGGACGGCACGCGGCAGCGGGGCCUGCCGUCGACGUCGGUGGUGGACUGUCAGGGUGAGACCGACCACGAGCUUUUCCCGGGGCAGCACGUCGUCAGGAGAACGCCGGCGACGACUACGGAGGCGCCACCGGAGGAGGAGGAGGAGGAGGAGAAUGUCGGCGUCGUCAGAGGCUACAGCUACAAGGACAAGACUGUGCGCGUGACGUGGGGUCUGCUGGAGUCCGAAAAGGAGGAGGAGACGUUGAGCGCCUACGAUGUUAGCAGCAGGGUCGACGACGACUCUAAUAUGAUUCUCUAUGGAGACAUCGUCGUCCGGCGGCACCGGCAGCUUCCCUCGCCGUCGUCUACUAGUACUAGUGAUGCAAGUGCUGAUGACCUUUCAUGGGUGGGGCAAUACAUCUCUAGUGACGAAGCACAGUGCAUCAACGUCAAAUGGGGUGACGGCAACACGUCCAAGGUGCUGCUUCGUGAGGUAACCAUCAUCAAGGAGCCAUGUAUUGAUGAUCUCCUUGAUGAAUUAGGUGAGUGGGUAGACGAAGACAGAGAUAUGAGCAACGCCAUUAUUGACGACGCACAAGAGAAUGUCGUCGCUGAUGACAACAACACAGGCAGAGAUGGAAGUGGUGACGAUUCUGGAAGCGAGAGUGAUGAUAGCCAAGACAAUGGUAGUACAUCGAUGACGAGGAUGAAUCGGAUCCAAGUUAUCAUCAAGGCAGUGUUCCAGCUAGCUGGUAAAGUGUUUGCACAAGGCAGAAUGUAUCUGAAAAUUGGUUUCAAGGAAGGAGAAGCGUCAAGAACAGAACUUACAGCCACAAAGAGCAUCAAUAAUAUGUCCACACACGUGGUCGGCGAUGCUGGUGAUGUGAAGGAGACCACCACUGCGGAGGCAGGCAUCAAUGGAGGUGUUGGGGAGCUCGAGGGUGGCGUUGGCUCUACCAUGGAUGACAAGAUGGAGGCAGAUGCCACUGUUGGUGAUGAUAAGCCAUUUCGCUUCCCGCAGUUUGAGAUUAUGCAGCAAAGCCCUUCAGAUCACCAUUACCUCGACAACACAAAGCAGGUAACCGGUGGACAAAGGAAGUGGACGAAGAGGGUGCAGAAAGAAUGGAAAAUUCUUGAGAACAACAACUUGCCAGACACAAUCUACGUUCGGGUGUUCGAGGACCGCAUGGAUCUUCUUCGAGUGGUAAUGGUAGGAGCGAGCGGGACGCCAUACCACGACGGGCUAUUCUUCUUCGACGUCCAGCUACCGCCGUCAUACCCCGCGGAGCCGCCGCUGGUGAGCUACCGGUCUUUCGGCCUGCACGUGAACCCUAACCUCUACCCUUCCGGCACAGUGUGCCUGAGCCUGCUCAACACCUUCGGCGGGCAAGACGUAGCGGAGCUGUGGUCGCCGGAGGCAUCCACCGUCCUCCAGGUCGUCGUCUCCAUCCAGGGCCUCGUGCUCACUGCCCUGCCCUACUACAACGAGCCUGCCUGGUCUGAGGCCGGCACGACGAUGGGCCAACGCAACGAGCUGCCCUACAGUGAGAGCACCUUCCUGCAGAGCCUCCAGACCAUGCUCCACCUCCUGCGCCGGCCGCCGGCGGGAUUCGAGGAGUUCGUCAGAGACCACUUUCGCCGCCGUGGGCAGUAUGUGAUCCGGGCGUGCGAGGCGUACCGGCGGGAUGGUUGCCUCGUCGGCAUGCUCGACGAGGAGGGGAAUCCCACGGAGGAGGCCGGUAGUAGUAGCGAGCCACGACCGUGCUGCUGCUCAGCCGGAUUCCGCCUUGCGCUGCUCAAUGUCUUGCCACGGCUCGUGGACGCGUUUGCAAGUAUCGACGCCUAG